GUGUACUAUACGAUAUCGUUGAUAAUUUGAUAUCUUGUAUUUACAUUUUUACGUAGUGGUUUUGUACGUUACAUGUAUACCAAAGGUACAGGCAAAAGUAGAAAAUUCGAUUUUAAAUAUAAUUUAAGAGAGCGAAUCAUUGAAAAUGUCAGCUGCAGCAUUGGCCAUGAUGUUGGUGGUAUCAGUCCAUAUCUGCCAUGGAAAAACCCCAGUGACAUAUUCAUUUCCAACUGAUUCAUGUGUUUCUGAUCCAUAUCUUGUUGACGAAAAUACCAUGGUUUACAUGAAGUUUGAAGGGAAUUUCGGCAGCCCGGAAUGUAGACAAAUGUCGUUCACAACUCCAAAAUCUGCUUUCUAUUCAUAUACAAUGUGCAUGAAAGAACUUUAUUACAGUAGCCCAAAAUGUCAGAGUAAAGUUAACUUCAAGAAGUAUUGGUCUGACUACUACAACUAUGACUACAAUAAUGAGCAGAUAUUAGGAGAAGGCUGUUCAGGCAACUCAUAUGGCAAUAACAGAAUGUUUUCACGAUGUUUAGUCGAUGCAAAUCAUGUUUCAUUUGAACUAAAAAAAUCAAAACUAGAGAAUAAUGGUUAUAACAGAUAUGAUGACAGAAAACAACAGGAAUUGAUUCCAGACAAACUAAAUGAUACUUUUAGUUUUCAAAUUGAAACAAAAUGGGAAUACAAUUAUGGCUUGAUUGGUGGAAUAACAGGUGGCAUUGUUGGCAUGUGUGUUCUCACAGGAGUAGGAAUCUAUUUGUGUAUCUAUUGUCGCCGUAGGAAACGCCUAACAGGAAGAUACUGCUGCACAUGUCCCACAUACAGACCAAGUUACUCGAAGUUAAUGACAGAGGGAUUAGCCCAAGGUUUCUCAGCGGAAUGUGCUGUAGCUGGUAUAUUGUUGUGUUCCUGCGUACUAUGUAGUCGACAAAAACGUAAAGAACAGAAAGAAGAUCAAUUUGAAAAAGUUUCUAUGGCAACUGAUUACACCUCAUCUGAUUCAGAGAAUAAAUGGGAAACAGUGAAGGGCUUAAAAGAUCCAGAUACAGCUCCUCUUCUUCAGUGCGACAGCUAAAACGGCAGACAUCCGAAGAUCUAGAGAAGAAACAUGAAUUGCUUAUAAUAAGAAAAAUCAAUUAUAACUGCAUAUUUAAUAUAUUUUCCAGACUGUACAUAAAACCCCUAUGAAUGUUUAUCAAUAUUUGCGAAAAAAAAGUAUAACAAAAAUACAGAACUCCAAGGCAAAUUUAAAAAGAGGGCAUGUCCAUAAAAACUGACAAAAUCAUACCGCUAUCAAUCAACGGAACAAGUGAAAAACAACUGCCAUAUUCCUGACUUGCUACAGGCAUUUUCGUAGACAAUGGUGGGUUGAACCUGGUUUCAUAGCUAGUUAAACUUCCCACUUGUACGACAGAGAUUUUAAACUUGAAUUGAUUAAAGAUAACUGCAGUGGUGACAUCAUCAAUUAGUGUGUAUUUUCAAAAUUUGUUUAGAAUAUUACCAAAUGUUCUACUUAGUGUUCCCACGUUACCGUUCUCUUUCCAUCGAACUGGACUUGAUUGAAUGCGACUUGAACUUGAACUCAGAUUAACAUACUGAAAGCAAUUUGUGGAUCAGAAACUGUUGUGUUUAGUAUCUAGCCGAUCGAAUUCAAAAAUAUUUUAUGUGUUUCGUUUUGUUUGUUUUUAGUUGCAUGUGUACUUUUUUUAUUAUUGCCCGUCCUAUCUACAUUUUUCAAUUGACCCUAAUGUUGUCUGUUUUUAAUGAGUGUAAUCUUAAAGAAUACAUUCAGUCGAAAGUUGUUUUCGGAAUCUUUGGCCAUGUAAUAGGUUCCAAGGUUUGUCGACCUCAAUGCAUAGAUUGCUUUCAAAACGGGUUUGGCAUAAUUUUUUGGAUUUGUAUGGUUAUAACUGUCCUUAAAUUUUGUAUUGAUUUGGCCUUCUUAAAACAGGCGAAAUAUAUUAAAAGGACAUUUAAAACUCAUCAUUCCAAAAGAAAUUGACAACCCCAUAGUAAAAAAACGAAAAACAGAUGAAAAGACACGAUAGUCUACAUAAUACUACAUAGAAAAAUAAUAACAAAGCAUGGUGUGCUAUGAGCAUAUGUUCUUAUUUCUGUCUGUCUGUACGUAUGUUAUUUUUAUAUCCCCACUUACCAUAUGACAAAAUUUAUGGUACUUUGCUAAUUUGCAUAGUGGCCAUAUUGCCUUAUCAUGACGACAGCCAUUACAACAGGAUUAUACGUGCCCUAAAAUUAAAAUGCAAAUUUGCCAAUUCCUAAGUUGAAUCAACAAUUUGUCCGCAAACAAGUGAAUUGUACAUGUUUUUUUGCUUUCUGUUCGUGUAAAAAUUUAAACUGUCGACAUUGAAAACUUUCGAAGUUUUCAGUUUGAAACUUGGAAUCGUAACCGUAGUAUAAUUGCUAUAUAAAAUAACGAAAAAUUGUAGAAAAAAAUCAAGAUUCAAAAUAGAAAUAAAGAUACAAGAAGAGAUUUUUCAUGAUUUGUUCGCAUAUAGGGAAACACCUUUUUAGGCUAAAUAACUUUUAUCUUGCCUGUUUUCUUAAUUUUUCGGCCAUAUGUAUAAGGAGGGGUACAUUGUUUAAACCUUGUCUUUCCUUGUCUGUCCAUCCCUUUGUCGAAUGAAAUUUCCGUCGCAUUUUUCUCUGGAGUAUUAUAAACACGAGCUUCCUUAAAUUUUGUAUCAGGCUUUAAACUUAAGUGAGCAUGUUAUACAGUGUGAUGAUUUUGAACAUUCAUUGCUUUUUGUGUAUACUCAUUGGCAAUUAUUCCACAAUUCUUUAUUUUUUCUCAGUCACAAUGAAAUAUUUGUCAAUUUUGAAGAAAUUUUCUAUUUCAUUCUUAAGUACUUACUCUAUUUUUACACAAUGCGUUUAACUAACAAAUAAAAAGAACAAAGGAGGAAUAAAUUUAGCCAUUAUUAUUCUAAACGUCCGCAUUCUUGCAGUUUCAUGAUUGGUGGUAUUCGUAAAUUCCCCUACUAAACAUGAUAUAGCUGUUUAUAGUUCUAUUGAAAGGCUGAAAUACGUGUUUGUCUAGAAUAUUUAACCAAACAUAGGGAUAUUUUAUAAUAUAUUUAGCAAAAGGCCAAAAUGAUUUGAUUUGUGUUUUGCUUACAAAUAUUGAUUUAAUGUUGAAAUGCAGUUGUGUAAUCGAUCAAGUUUAUUUUUCUUUAUAUUUGACCAAUUAUUAUAGAGUCAUACACGUGACUUGUAACUAUUGACCUGAUUUUUUUUAAUAACAUCCAGUUUAAAGAUUAGGUUCAUAUUUCUUUCCAAAUGACAGUUUGUUAUAUGAUAACUGUCUUUACACUUAUUUGUGGCAUUUAACUCAUCUGAAUAAUUCAUUGUAUUUCUUCACUAAGAUCUUGGACUAAUAUACUAAUCAAUAUAGUAUGUCUCAGGUUUUAGGUAGCAACAAUUCAGUUCACUUAAGUUUCCUCUCCAAUAAAUGCCAAAAAUAGUCUCUGUGUUGCUGGCCUAUGUUUAACUCAAGCAAUCUAGCAUUUAGUAUCAAUGUCAAAAAAUCCAGUGCGGUUUGAAAAUAAGUAAACUGUCUGGGUUCACUUUGACUUCUUUCCAGACACUACAGUCCAAUAAAAUGUAUAUGUGUGUUCUUAUUUCAUUAUGAAAAAGGUAUUGUGAGUGUGUCAUUGUCGUAAUUUGAUUAUUUUCCACAAGAAAUACCAGUAAAUAUGAGAAGUCCCAUUUCUUGUUCCCCUUUUCCAAGACAGACAACUAAUGGUAACAUUGUUUUCACAACGGAGAAUGUAAAUAUGGGGAGAUCACUCAUAGAACAACUGUGACUGUUUUGUGUCCCUAUUCCAGAGAUUUUUGGCAUAAUACAUAAAAAUAAUGACAUUAUUUAUGUAAAAUGUGUCAUGCAGUAAUUUCAUGUAAUUCAGGUUUUAAGUUAAUUCAUAGCUUAGAGUUAAUGUGUUUUUAUUAGAAUUUAAAUAAUUCAGAAAAUUAUCGAAAUAUAGGAAAGUUAGAUGCAAAUUUGAACAUCUUGCAAUAAUUUUUCACUAGUAUGUUUAAUAGUGAUUUUCAGGCAUUUAUGCAAAUGAAGCUGUUUCAAAAAAUAGACACGAUGCAACAAAAUCUAAGAUAUAUUUUUACUUUUCCUUUUUAUAUAAGAUAUCAAAAAAAUAAAAAUAUUUCAAAAGUUCCGACAUCCCAUUUGGACAAUUUUUAUGAUUUUGCAUGGUUUUCUGGCAGACUGGCUCUUAUUAACUAAAAUAACCAGGUCCAUUCAUUAAAAUAAAAUAUUUAAAAAUUG